GGCGGCGGCGGCGGCCCCGCACCGGGCCGGGCGGGCGGCGGGCAGCCCGGCGGUAGCGGGGCGGCGGCGGCCCCGGAGCGGCGCGGACCAUGCUGCUGGACGCCGGCCCGCAGUUCCCGGCCCUCGGCGUGGGCACCUUCGCCCGGCACCACCACUCGGCCGCGGCGGAGAUGCAGGACCGGGAGCUGAGCCUGGCGGCGCAGAACAGCUUCGUGGACUCGGCGGCGGCGCACAUGGGCGCCUUCAAGCUCAACGCCGGCGCCCACGACCUCUCCCCCGGGCAGAGCUCGGCGUUCACCUCGCAGGCUCCCGGCUACCCCGCCGCCGCCCUGGGGCCCCACGCAGCCCACGUCGGCUCCUACUCCGGGGCGCCCUUCAACUCCACCCGGGACUUCUUGUUUCGCAGCCGCGGCUUCGGGGACUCGUCGCCGGCCGGCGGGCAGCACGGCAUCUUCGGCCCUGCGGCCGGCAGCCUGCACCACCCGCACACGGACGCUCAGAGCCACCUCCUCUUCCCGGGCAUCCACGAUCAGCACGGCCCCCACGCCUCCCAAAACGUCCUCAACGGGCAGAUGCGCCUGGGCUUGCCGGGGGAGGUGUUCGCCCGGUCGGACCAGUACCGCCAGGUCUCCAGCCCCAGGACUGACCCCUACUCGGCGGCUCAGCUGCACAACCAGUACGGCCCCAUGAAUAUGAAUAUGGGCAUGAACAUGGCAGCCCACCACCACCACCACCCAGGUGCCUUUUUCCGCUACAUGCGGCAGCAGUGCAUCAAGCAAGAGCUCAUCUGCAAGUGGAUCGACCCCGAGCAGCUGAACAACCCCAAAAAAAGUUGCAAUAAAACUUUCAGCACCAUGCACGAGUUGGUCACCCACGUCUCGGUGGAGCACGUUGGGGGACCCGAGCAGAGCAACCACGUCUGCUACUGGGAGGAGUGUCCCCGCGAAGGCAAGCCCUUCAAAGCGAAAUACAAACUGGUCAAUCAUAUCCGAGUGCACACGGGAGAGAAACCCUUCCCCUGCCCCUUCCCCGGCUGCGGAAAAGUUUUCGCCAGAUCAGAAAACCUCAAAAUUCACAAAAGGACGCACACAGGGGAGAAGCCCUUCCAGUGCGAGUUCGAAGGCUGCGACCGGCGUUUCGCCAACAGCAGCGACCGCAAGAAGCACAUGCACGUCCACACCUCGGACAAGCCCUACCUGUGCAAGAUGUGCGACAAGUCCUACACCCACCCCAGCUCCCUGCGGAAGCACAUGAAGGUGCACGAGUCGUCCCCGCAAGGCUCCGAGUCCUCCCCGGCCGCCAGCUCCGGUUACGAAUCCUCCACCCCCCCGGGGCUGGUGUCCCCCAGCGCCGAGUCGCAGAGCACCAGCAACCUCUCCCCGGCGGCGGCGGCGGCGGCGGCGGCGGCGGCGGCGGCGGCGGCGGCGGCCGUGUCCGCGGUGCACCGGGGCGGCGGCGGCGGCGGCGGCGGCGGCGGCGGCGGCAGCGGCGGCGGCGGCGGCGGCGGCGGCCACAGCGGGCUCUCCUCCAACUUCAACGAGUGGUACGUGUAGGGCCCCGCCGCGCCGCGGACUGCUCUGCACGGCCCCGCCGAGCCCUCCCCGCCCCGCCCCGGCGGCGGCGGCGGCGGGCAGGAGGGAGCGGGCCCGCCGGAGACGCGCCGGGAGACGCUGCCGCACCCGCGGGCAGCGGAACGACGGGGCCGAGGAGGAUGGGGACGGGGGCACGGGGACUUGGUCUCCCCACACACCCAUCCCUCCUGCCUUCGGGUCUUUUUUUUUUGGUGGAUUUUCUUUUUUUUUUUUUUUGUGGACAUUUUGAACCAGCAAAAAAAAAAAAAAAAAAAAGAAAGAUUUUUUUUUUUUUUUUCUAUAAAAGUACAUGCUGAAAAAGUAAGAGAAUGAGUAAAUAAAUAGAGGAAUGGAAAAGAGAGAGAGAGAGAGAGAGAAAGGGGAAAAACCAACCCCAAAUGCCACCAACACACCACUCAGCAAAAAGCUUCUCAAGCCGGCGGAAAGAAACUCUCCCUCUGGAACCUCAAGACAAAAGAUCAGAGACUGAAACUCCUCCGGCCCCUGCGCCUCCCCGCCCGGAGCAGCCAGCGCCCUCCCGCCCCACGAACUGUGUACAUAGCGGCCCUCUCCUUCCUCCGGCGAGGUGGGGAGCGAAGUUUUCCUGGAUUCUUGGUGUAUAGAAGUUCGUCCCGUUUGUAAACCGCGGAUUGGUCCCCUUCUUCUUUUUUCUGUCUUUUUUUUUUUUUUUUGGCCGUCUUUCUUUCUUUCUUUCUUUUUUUUUUUUU